UCAAAUAAAUCUAAAGUAUGUUCAAGCUACAUAAUAAAUCUUCUUUGCCAAACGAUAACGGAAACAAUAACUGUAUAAUAUCUGUAUAGACUUGAAUAUGAACGGCGCGCUUUUGGUGCUAUUUGGUUUAACAGUUGUAUUUCUUUCCACAGUCGUUGCGGCUUCAUGUCCGUGUAUUUAUAGUGGUGGAUGUUACAAAACAUUCUGGGGACCAUGGUCAUCAUGGAGUUCGUGCAGUCACACCUGUGGCGGUGGUGUUAGACAAAGGUCCGCGAGAUGUAGAAAUCAUAUUUUGGUUUGGUCAAACAGUGUUGUCGAUACAAGUGUAACUAAAACCGAAAAAGGCUCAUGUGGGAUGACUUGUUUUAAUAGUGGCAGAUUUAUGGACGGAGCAUGCAGCUGUCCGCCACUUUCAACAGGAUAUUGUUGUGAAGAACUUCCGAAGUGCGAUCCAACAUGCAAGAAUAGAGGUGUUUGUAUUGCGGAUGAUAUUUGCAGAUGCCCCUCGAAUUUCUACGGACAAUUUUGUGAAAUUGGUAAUGAGUUAGAGGAACACCUGCAACCACACUUCUAUCCAGCAGUAUCUAAAGUGUACGACGUGUUAUCCUGGUACGAUGCUUCAAGCAUAUCUGGUUACAACAAGAUCUGCUACAUCAAAAUACUUGUGCAGAAUGCCUAUUUUGACACGGUGUUGACAGCUGCUAGUAGUAAAGCAGAUGACCUAUUUCUUGCAUAUGGAAACUUCACAGCAGCUCCAAUAGAUUCCGAGUCUAAAGUUAAUCACACGUCAAGGUUUGCUUGCUUGAAAGUAAGAUGCCCAGGUGUCAUGGCAACUGGUUCACCGCUGAAUGUGACUGUGGUCGUUACAGUAACAAGUCCACAAAGAAAAUGUUCUGUGAGGAAAGACCAGUCACAGAGCGAUAUCAGAAUUAUGACGGAUUUUUACGGAGGACAUGAUGCCAUCGGUGUAGAGCUAGAAGCUGGAAACAAUUACGGAGAAAUGUAUGGAAUUUAUGUUGGGGCUGGUUUCCGAGACAAAGCAGAAUAUAUUGCAAAACAAUCCUGCUUCAGCGGAAAUAGAUUCAUAGCACAUUCAAUCCAACCGGAAAGAAAUGUUCUCGCAAAGUUUGAAUGCAACUGAUCAACAACCAAGUCAGACACUGGAAUAGAAAUUAUGCAUGCAUAUAUUAAAUAAAUGUUAAAUAUGUUCAACAUUUUUUAAUGAAUUUAUUGCCAUGGCAAGGGAACAUUAUUUUUGUUAUUAUGUAACGUUAAUAACUGCUGUACUAUUGUACGAGUAUUUUCAGUUACCUGAGAUUUGCAUCCUGUAAUUGGUCAGUCAAAUAUUUUUUAAAGACUUUGAUUGUUACAUGUUCCGUUUUGUUUAGAUUAUAUCUUGUACACUUUCGAUGUGUACAACUAACAAUAGAAAUUAAUGUAUUGCAGAAGCUGGUAUAUCUGAUCUUGUAUCAUAGCUCGGUGUUUUUCUUAACAAAUUUGGUGCAGGUUAUUCGUAUACUCUGAGUACAGGGUGCGGUAACUACAAGUGUGCAGGUAUUUAACACCCGCACGCUAGUUACCGCACUGUUGGAUAGGAAAGUAUGCCAGCGUGUCUGGAACAGUAGACAGCGAAGUGUAUUUUAUUGAUUUUCUGCUCUAGCAUUGGCUUAUUUUACCUGGGCUUUACACAUUUGUAAAGCAAAGAUCUUAAGUACUCACUGAACUGCUGUAUAUGGCAUUGUGGAACGCCUACAACUACCAUAUAUGGAUGACUAAGAUACAAAACAGAAAGAACAUUAAAACUCUCGGGUACAAAUCGUUUACCUUCGAGUUUCAAUGAUCUUUCUAUUACUUAUACAGCUAUCCUUGUUGUUUCAUCAACUGUGAUUUGCGAUUUGUUAUUUCAUAGUUGCACUGUUAAUAUUUAAUUACUCAUAGUAAGAUAUAUUUCAGUAAAAAACAAUGUUUAGCGCAGUUACUUCGGACACGUAGUAAUAUUAAUGGUAUAAUUCAUAUUAAAGUCAAAGAACAUUCUUUAUUUAAAAAGUGUAGCAGUAAUCUAUUCUAAAAUCCCCCUUAUAUGACCAUUUGGUUUUCUGUAGCAAAGUUAGUUUAACACUUAGAAUUCACAGAAAGACAAAAUGGUAAAAUGAUGAUUUAGCAGUAAUAAUUUACAUGCUCUUGAUACAAGGACAGAUUUAUCAUCUCAUAUUUUCCUUUUAAUGUAUACAUUAAUUAUACUACAAAUUUUGCGUACUGUUGUUUAAACAUAUCUUCAAUCACACAUAUGUCUCCAUAAAAAAGAUACUGAUA